CCCGGGCCGUCGGCGAGCGGAGCUGGGGUGGGGGUGCCUGGCGGGGCGUGCGCGCGGCGGGCUCGCGCCGCAUUCGGCCGGGCGCCCCGGCUUUGCUCGGGGUCCUGGUUUCCCCAGGGGCGCCCGCCUGUAACAGGCAGCCGGUUAGGGGCGUCUAUGGUAACAGUUGCCAGCGCCGCCAGCCGCUCCCCAAAGUCGUUCGGGGCUUCGGUAACAAUGGGCGGCGGGGGGCAGCGCCCCUUCCGGUUUCGUCGGUUCUAACCGAGUUCUUUAACGGGGUGUCCCCUGCGCCCGGAAGUGAGGUGUUUGGAGCUCCUCCCUCCCCCAAGAUGGCAGCGGCCGAGGAAGACGAGCUACGGCCGCCGCGGCUCCCCGAGCUCUUCGAAACCAGCAAGCAGCUUCUGGACGAAGUGGAAGGGGCGGCGGAGCCCACCGGUUCCCGGAGGAUCCAGGAAAAGGUGUUGAAGGGGCUCGAACUCCUUAACACGGCUGCCGAAAUGAUAUCGCAGCUCGACUUGUUCAGCCCAAAUGAAGAUUUGGAAGAGAUUGCUUCCACCGACCUCAAGUACCUGAUGUUGCCAGCAUUUCAAGGAGCGCUCACCUUGAAACAAGUCAACGCCAGCAAGCGUCUGGAUCAUUUGCAGUGGGCUCGAGAACACUUUUUAAACUACUUAACUCAGUGCCAAAACUAUCACGUGGCAGAGUUUGAGUUGCCCAAAACCAAGAACAACUCAGCUGAGAAUAACACUGCUGGGUCCUCCAUGGCCUAUCCUAACCUCAUUGCUAUGGCAUCUCAAAGACAAGCUAAAAUACAGAGGUAUAAACAGAAGAAGGAGAUGGAGCAGAGGCUGUCUGCCCUAAAAUCUGCGGUGGAAAGUGGUGAGGCAGAUGAUGAACGUGUCCGUGAAUAUCACCUCCUUCACCUUCGAAGGUGGAUUGGCAUCAGCUUAGAAGAGAUCGAGAGCAUUGACCAGGAGAUAACAAUCCUGAGAGGAAAAGACUCUUCCAAAGAGGCAUCAACUUCUCACUCAUCUCGUGAGGACAGGCCUCCAAUGAAACCCUUCAUUCUCACUCGGAAUGCGGCCCAAGCCAAAGUGUUUGGAGCUGGUUAUCCAAGCCUGGCAUCUAUGACGGUGAAUGACUGGUAUGAACAGCAUCGGAAAUUUGGAGCAUUACCAGAUCAGGGAAUAGCCAAGCAAACAUCAGAGGUCAAAAGAGCAGGUCGGCAACAGGAGGAUGAGGAGCAGAAGGAGGAAGAGGAUGGCAAGCGAACACUCCAGCAAGCUCGGGAGUGGGACGACUGGAAGGACACCCAUCCCAGGGGCUAUGGCAACCGACAGAACAUGGGUUAGUCUUCACACAACAAGAUGGGAAGAUGGGGACGCACACACCUUCCCGCAAAGGAAAGCUGUGCCAUCUGCUGCUUCAGCUCUACCACAAAGGCAUAGAUGCUUCGUCCUGCUUUGUGUUCAAUAAAGUGUCAAGCAAUUAAGUAUGUAUUUAUACCCUAGGUAAUUAACCAGCAAUCUUGUUUUGGCAUCCUAAUCAUGAUGUAUUCUGAUUUCUUAAGUGGAAAGAAAAGAGUACUAAGAAACGACUCUGUAUAAUCAAUGGCUGUAUGAAUUCUCCUUAAAAAUAAUGAAAGUCCAAGUAAAAUAACAAUAGUGCAAGUCUCUUCU